AUGAUGUACUGUUCCUCACCUAAAGGAAGGAUCAUUGAACAGUAUAUCCUGGCUUGCCCGAAGGCUCUACUGGCUAUGUUCGAGAAAUUGUAUAUAUCCUUAGCGGCCAUAAACUUCGUUAGAGCGGUUUGGGAUAUUUUCUUCAACAUAACUCUCAGAAGGAAAACUUUAUUCUACACUGUAAACCUCAUCGUACCGUGCGUGGGCAUUUCAUAUCUCUCUGUCCUUGUCUUCUACCUACCAGCGGAUUCGGGAGAAAAGAUUGCAUUGAGUAUAUCUAUCCUUCUCUCCCAGACUAUGUUCUUCUUACUGAUAUCAGAGAUCAUACCCUCUACUUCACUUGCUUUACCGCUCUUGGGAAAGUAUCUUCUAUUUACAAUGUUGCUGGUAGGUCUAUCAGUUGUAAUCACUAUAAUAAUAUUGAACGUCCACUACCGAAAGCCUAGUACACAUGAAAUGGCGCCUUGGGUCAGAACUUUCUUUAUAACGAUGCUACCUAAAUUACUCCUUAUGCGGGUACCGAAGGAUUUGCUAAGAGAUCUAGCAGCGCAGAAGAUUAUUGGGCGCGGUAAGAAGAAGAACAAAUUCAAGGAUGCGCUUGCGGCAGUUGAAAGAACACAUUCGAAUUCUUCCAGUCCUGAUUCCUUACGUCAUCAUUUGCCAGGAGGCUGUAAUGGUCUUCAUUCCACAACUGCUACUAAUAGAUUCAGUGGUCUGGUUGGAGCUCUUGGAAGCCUUGGUGCCGGCUACAACGGUCUUCCAUCAGUUAUGUCUGGUCUAGAUGAUUCACUAAGUGACAUCACGCCACGGAAGAAGUACCCAUUUGAAUUAGAGAAGGCAAUCCACAACGUUAUGUUUAUUCAACAUCACAUGCAAAGACAGGACGAAUUUAACGCGGAAGAUCAAGACUGGGGAUUUGUGGCUAUGGUACUUGACCGGCUGUUUCUCUGGAUUUUUACCAUAGCAUCAAUAGUUGGCACCUUCGCCAUUCUCUGUGAGGCUCCUUCACUUUACGAUGACACCAAACCAAUUGACAUGGUGCUGUCAUCCGUCGCACAGCAGCAAUUUCUACCGGUUGAGAGUGGUGGUUCUUAA